UGAACUCCUUCCGGUCCAACGUCUUCUUCGUGGCCUGAACGUGCAGCCCAUUGCGCAAUUUUCCUUCCUUUUGGCCAAGACGCCUAUCCUACUGCAGCGACCGACAUCGAGCUCGAACUUAUGAGUCUCUGGUCUAACCUGAGACUACUUCGACGGCCGCAUGGCCUCCGUUUCAGCUGUCAAGAUGGCGACCACUACAGAGCAAACGCCGCCAGCCGGAGGAUUAGGAGUGCCUGCGCCUGUAGCGCCUGUCCCACACAAGUUUAAGGCCUCAGAUCUGCCUUUGACUUCUGCUACAAGAUCCGCAAUCGAAGGACUGGCUCACAGCUUCAAGAAGAAGGGUGGCUAUGAUGCGAUUCGCAAGAAUGUUUGGGAGAAGUUCGAAGCUAGUGGCUACGAAGCUCAAGUCACUAAAUCAAUCGUCGAGGUCGCUGAGCAGGAAGUCGAGCGCAACCCGUCCCAACUGCUGAAGAUGGACCGUCGUAAGGCAGCUGCUCUUAUCGACGGUGCACUGGAUCGAUCCGGUGUCUAUCAGAAAGCUGAAGAGGUUAUUGACCAGCUCAUCGAUGUGAAAGCUAUUGAGGAGCGCAUUCGGGAGCUCCGCAAAGCGGACGUGGGCGACGAAGCCGCUAUGGCAGAACAACUGCGUGGAUCUAAGACUGAUGAGGACUAUGCCGCCGAUACAGCCGGUCGCUUGGAAGAGCGCGAGCGUGUGAGACGCGAGCUCAGAGAGAAGGAAGAACAGAUCGCAGCGGAAAAGCGCAAGAUCGAACUGGAAGAGAAGAAGCAGCGGGAGCGAGAGAUGGAGAAAGUCGAAGCUAAGCGCAAGGAAGAACGAGACGCUCGACGACGUGAGAGAGAAGCCAAGGAUGAGGAACGCGAGAUCCAGAGACAGAAGGAGAGAGACGAGCGUCGCGCCGCGCGAGAGAAGGCACGCGAAGAGAGAGAGCGAGACCGUGACCUGAAGAGAAGAGAUCGCUCGAGAGACAGGUCAAAGGACAGGUCGAGGGACAGGUCAAGAGACAGGUCUCGCUAUCGUGACAGAUCCAGAGACAGAAGAGACCGAGAUCGAAGCCGCAGUCCUCGCCGCCGUGAUAGCCGAGAGCGACGGAGACGAGACCGGUCUCCGCGAGAAGAAAGGGAGCGUAAUAAGCCCGAAGAACUCGAACAGCAACUGUCGAAAGAAGAGCUCGAGAGACUUGAGCAGGAUGCCCUUGCAGACCUCUUGCGUGAGAGCAAGAGAAGUUCCGCCAAACAGCCCGAAAUUGAGAUUGAUGAUGCCCUUGUGCCCCCGCCACGUAAGACCAAGCCAGCCUCGGCCAUUCAACCAAUCCGUCGGGAUUCUCCCAAGAAUGCAUCCGACCCUAAGAAGGUACCAGAACUUGUGAAGACGGACUUGAAAGAUUCUGUCAAGGAACCGAAGCCGCCCAAGGAGGUUAGGGAAGUAAAGGAAACUAACCAAGUUAAGGACGUCAAGGACGUCAAGGAGACCAAAGACUCGAAGAUUGUGAUCAAGGAAAUCAAGGAGUUGAAGAUCGCAAAGGCAGCAGAGAGCUCUAAGGAAGACCUCGAACCUAGGGAGGUGAAGGAACCUAAAGACUCGAGGGAAGCUAAGCCCAAGGAUGAGCGACGUAGCAGCAUAGCCGCCUCUUCGCGGGACCAUCGCCAUGAUCGUGAUCGACGUGACCGAGAGGAGCCAAUUAGGUCACGGCACCGUUCCAAGGAAAGGAGUCGCUCGAGACACCCAAGAAAGAGAAGCCGCUCGAGACGCCCAAGAGAGAGAAGUCGCUCGAGGAGUCUACACUCUCGAGAUGUCAGGAACACGAGUCGUUCUAAGCGUCCACGCUCAAGAGACGUAAGAAGCCGAAGCCGCUCAAGGCAUCAGUUCCCUUUCGAGAACAACUAUCGACCAGGUGAGCUCAGAGCUCAAGAUCGUAGUCGCUCUCGCCACCGGUCGGACCGAGAUAGGAGAGACAGGCGAGACAGGAGCCAUUCGAAGAGUCGAAAAGAUAGAAGCCGCUCACGGGACCACUACAAACCAGAUCGGAGAGUCCGCAACGAUACUCGAGGCAAAGACAGCCCGGACAGACGUGAACGUGCUCACACUGAUCGCCGGGAGAGAUCCCGCUCCCCUCGUCCUCGAACUGAGCGAAAGGAUAGGAGCCGCUCACGCCUAAGAAGUGAACGUCGUGCACGCAGCCCUUCCACUAAGAGAGCACGAAGUCGAGAUCAUCGCAGUCGCUCUCGUUCCCGCCCUACCACUUCUGCCAGGCAUGAAACGCAGUUGAUGGACGCAGAGACCUGGAAACAAGGCGAGAUCAAGAGGCGUGAGCAGGAAGCAAAGGCGUACCUGGCUGCUCAGAAGGAAGCUCGCGAGAAAGGCCUACCAGUUCCAGGACUUGAAGAUCGGCAUAGUGCUGGUGAACGGUCGCCUGAGGUCAGACGCAGCAGCCGUGUGCCUGAAGACAUUGAUUCGUAUCGCCCUGGCGAGCGGCGUCGUGAAAAGGAGUCUGACCGUGAGCGUACAGGAGGCGAUAAGUAUAGGGCCCGGGACGAUGAGAGGGGUGGUGGUGACAAGUACCGAGCCCGAGAUGAAGAUAGGAGUAGUGGUGAUAAGUAUCGAGCUCGGGACGACGAGCGGGGGUCUGACAAAUACCGGACCCGUGAUGAUCGGGGUUCUGACAAGUAUCGAUCACGGGAUGAGGACAGACGCGAAAGACGCCGCAGCCGAAGCAGAAGCCAUGACCGAGACAAUAGAGACAAGCGAAGCCGACGUGAGCGCAGCACCGAUUCCCGCCGCGACAGACGAGACAGGCGGGACAGGAGUCAUAGCCGCAGACGCAGUCGGAGUCCGCGUCGAUAGAUUCCUCGCGCCAACGUUAUCAGCGUGACUUCAACUUAUCGACCAUCGGCGGUGUAUUAGCGAGGCGUUUAGGGAGGCAUUCAGGGUGGGGGAUUGACAUUAGUAUUGUAUAAACAUGUACAGCAUUUCGGAGCUCUAAGACUACGUUCAGGGAAAGAUUCGGCAAUGACACCUACUUUUGCUUGCGGAUUUUUCUGAGCUCAAGGAAUCAAUAUCGGGAACAUUGAUGGUUUAUUUGCAUGUUCAGAUACCCUUGGGGUGGAUGGCGUCUGAGCUCCCGGAUGCUAUUGGUAUAGGGAGAACCAAACAUCACAGUCGACAGUCAUGGCUUAACUCAAGUGGAUAUAUUUUUCAUGAAGCGGUCCUCUUGUCAAUUGGUGAGUUUCCAAGCUAUGGAUACUGGUAUAGAACAAGCCAGGUCAUGCCUUAAUGAUACUGUAACACAAGGCUCGUGAAUCAAUAACAG